AUGGGCAUCGCUGGUUUUUGGGAACUCGUUGACCGAGCUGGUGUCGAGAAAUCCUUGGCACAAUGGGCCACUGAUCACUUGAAGGAACAUAAACGACCACUUCGCAUCGCUGUCGAUGCAGCCCAUUGGCAGUUCAAGAAUGUCUCUGACGCCCAGGAAGCCGCUAUUCAACGACAAUCACCAGGUUCCCACCCACGAGAGAAGGCCAUCCUCGAACGUCUGCUGCCGUUGUUGCGGCUCGGUAUUCAUGUGGUAUUUGUCUUCGACGGGGAACAGCGUCCACGAAUCAAGCGAGGCUCCAAACGGUAUGGUCAACGAGAGUCAACCACCGCCCUCAUAAAGCACACGCUGGAUCACAUUCUCGUACCUUGGCUCCAGGCACCAGGCGAAGCCGAAGCCGAGUGCGCUUUACUCCAGCAACAAGGUCUCGUCGAUGCAGUCUGGUCUGAGGACGGCGAUUGCUUCAUGUUCGGCUCCACUAUCGUCAUUAGAGACCUGCGGGAUACCAAGAACCACAAGUUCAAGGAGCAUGCGCGAAUCUUCGACAUGAGAGAAAUCCGUCGCUUGAAGGUUGGCCUUUACAAUGAUAAAAGUGUCGCCUGUUUCGCUAUGCUCACUGGCUGCGACUACGCACCCUCCGGACUCUUAGGCUGCGGGUCACGUUUCGCUCAAGAGCUUGUCAAAGACGGCGGCCUUGUCGAGAGCUUCUAUCGUAUCCAGACGCUUCCUCAAAGGAAUCAAUGGCGAACGCGCUUGAGGGAUUCUAUUGAGAAAAUCACCAGCCUGACAGACCUGCACUUCAACAAGGACAAGUCCAAUAUCAUGACUUUCCCUGGUCUUGAUGCCCUCAAGAAUUGUCGUUCGCCCGCAGUGUCCACCUCAGACACACUCAAAAGGCUCCCUUUCCUGCAGGGCGAGUGGUAUGACACCCACACCACGAACAGCCUGGCAACCACGAUUCCUUGGAUGCAGCAGAACUACUUUUCGAGAAUGACCACUAUUUGGUGGAUCAGGCAGUUCACACCCAUGGUAUUGAACCAGAGGCUUCUCAAAGGCGAAGUUCAAGCUCUCGACCUCGUCGCCAAGGUUGCACAAAAACGUAAGGAGAGCCCAACGAGUUCCAUCGAGCUCGAUCCCUGUAAUGUGUUUCCCGGUAUCGAGAAUAUCUUCAUCGAAUCCGAGGGAAUCCUAUCAGUGAACAGAUGGCGAAACGAACGCGAAUCCGCGGGCAGUCCGAUCCAGAAUGGGAAAUUUGACAUGCUGGAUGCAAUUCUAGGGCAUGGGAUGUCCGACGAAGCAUACCAGGCGUGGAGGAAGAAAAAGAGGUCACCUCCGGCAGCCAAGAUUCAUCCGGCACAUUCAGCGCGGGCACCUCCACCUCCUCAGAUGAGUCUCGGUAGCCGAGUUCCUUUCAUUAACAGUUUUGGGGCAAAGGGCGAUGUUCUUGAAGACUCAACGGAGCCUUCGAACAUCGCCUUUGGUGCUAGUGGCGGAGCUGAAGUCAUUUCAGCAGACCUUCUGAAGCUUCAAGAGCAGAUUCUUGCGGAAUGCCAGGCCAACAAGAUUCGAACUCCCGCUAUAGAGCCUCGAGGCUGUAGUCGCAUUGGUCAGGGUAAGUCUCCAACUGGCAGCAUACAUUCUGAAGGAUUGAUGUCGCCCUUGCUGGUUCACAAGCCUGUCAUACCGGCUACUGCAAGCCCUUCCGUUCGUUCCAUACCCAAGGCUGCAGCACCAGCAUCUCCCGCUGAUACCAGGGACAAACGAAUGGCAAAGUUCGAAGUCAAACGGCGUGGCAAAGAGACAUCGAGAAGUGCGGGAUAUGAUGAAAGUAUUGCUCUUCGAUACGGCAGUGCUUACAGCCUCGACAACGACGAUACUCCCUGUGAGUCGGCCUCAGCCAAGAAGAGAAGGCUGGAGAAAGCCGAUGUGGAGGAUGUACGAACCGAGGCCCCCGGAGUGAGAGCAAGGCACAUGCUUCUUGAGGUUGAGCUGGACUCCUCUCAGGAUUCCAUUUGGGCUACCAAGGCGAAAGGAGACGGGCGAUGUAAGCCUGCUGUCGUGGGUGAUGAUACAGGUACCUCCGGAGCGCGGGUGCAUGGUGGCGGCACAGUUGACGAUCCAUUCGAGGUCUCGUAA